AUGCCAAGAAAGAAAGAACAAAGUCAGCAGGACGUGGCAAAUGAGGAUCCAAAUUCAGAGGAGCUCAUGGAGCAGUCAGAUGAAAGUAUUCCAAUUGAACCGAAGCAAGAAGAAAGUGAUGUAGAAGUCAAAGAAGAACCACUUGAAGAUAAUCCAUUUGAGCAAGAGCCAAAGCAGGAAGUAGACGAAGUAACGGCGGAGCAGCUGGAGAUGUCGGUCAAGGAGCAUUCAAUGGGCGCAUCAAUUAUGAGGAGCUGGAUAAUCAGGAGUUGGUGUAUCCCGGAUUUCCAGAAGAGUCGAAACCAGAGACGUCUGUCAGACUCCAGAAAAGACACCAGAGUUCAACUACGGAUAAUGGAAGGCAUGAAUGAAGCGGUUAUCAAAGAGGAAGUAAUCGAAGAAACAUGUAAUUUUACGUUCAAAAAUGGAGAAUACGUCGAAGUGAAACAAGAAGAAAGUGAACAAAAACCUGAACAUCUUCUAAAAACAGAAAUCAGAACGGAGAUAAAUGAUGAAUUUUUUGAAAAUAAUAAUUCGGGUGGUUUUUUCGAAGACGUCAAACCGGAGCCGAAAGAAAGCGAUUCAAAAAUUGAAAAGGCAUUCACAGAAAUCGGUGCGCUUUCGUGCAAAAUUUGUCAGAAGAGAAUGCCAAGGAAAUAUUUAAAAUGGAUCAUUUCGGAAGACGAUAAAAUGUUGCUUUCUGACAUUUUCAAAAUUGAAAUGUUUAUGGAAAAGAAUCCGACCUACGUAUGUGUUUCUCAUAUUCAGAAAAUUAUUGAUGAUAACGACGGCAAAGUGAAGAAAAGCAGGAAAUUACGAAGACAAAAUUGCCAAGUUUGUCACAUUCUGAAAAACCGUUCCGAAUUAUAUGAAAUUGGUUCAAAGAAUAUUCGAAUGAUGAUCAUGACAGGAUGCAUUCUUCGUGGGACUCAUUCAAUUGAGCAAGCGAAAACUUAUGCGACGAUUGAUACUGCAAUCACAUGUUAUUCGCAUUGUAAAGAGUCGAUCGACAUGGUUUUCGAGUAUUUGGGAGUCGGAAGUAUUGAGGAAUUUUCAAAGUGUUCCACACACGCGAUGAGCGGUUUGAUAGAUAUUAUGAACGAAGCGGUUAUUAAAGAGGAAGUCAUCGAAGAAGAACAUAAUUUUACGUUCAAAAAUGGUGAAUACGUCGAAGCAAAACAAGAAGAAAUUGAACAAAAACCUGAAUAUCUUCUAGAAAAAGAAAUCAAAACGGAGAGGAAUGAUGAUUUUUUUGAAAAUAAUUAUGCGGGUCGUUUUUUCGAAGACGUCAAACAGGAGCCGAAAGAAAGUGAUUCUAAAAUUGAGAAGGUGUGCAGAACAUCUAGUAUGAUGACAUGCAAAAUUUGUCAGUCAAGAAUGCCAAGAAACCUUUUGAAAUUGAUCAAGACGGAAGACGAAAAAACAGUGCUUUCUCACAUAUUCAAUAUUGAAGGAUUGAUGGAAAUGAAUCCGAUGUAUGUCUGUGUUUCUCAUAUUCAAAAAAUUAUUGAUGAUUAUACCGGCAAUUUGAAGAAAGUCAGCACAUCACAAAGACGAUAUUGCCACAUUUGUCGCUUGCCUAAAGAACUUUCCAAGAUACAUCAAUUCUGUUCAAAGGGUUUUCGAAUGGUGAUAAUUGUUGGAUGCAUUCUACGUGGCACUCAUUCCUAUAAGCAAGCAAUUUCUUUUAUGACGACAAAAAAGAGAGUAGUCACAUGUCAUUCACAUUGCAAAGAGUCGAUUGACAUGAUCUUUUUACAUUUGGGAGUCAGAAAUAUUCAGGAAUUUCGGAAUUCCCCCGCACACGCGAUGGACGGUUUGAUGGAAAUUGUGAAGAACAUCGAUUUGAAUUUUACCGCAGAAGAAAUUAUGAACGAAGCUAUUGUCAAAGAGGAAGUCAUCGAAGAAACAUGUAAUUUUACGUUUAUAAAUGGUGAAUACGUCGAAAUGAAACAAGAAGAAAUUGAGCAGAAACCUGAAUAUCUUCUAGAACAAGAAAUCAAAUUGGAGACGAAUGAUGAUUUCUUUGAAACAAAUGAGCCGGACGAAUUUUGCGAAGACGUCAAACUGGAGCCGAAAGAAAUUGAUUCUAAAAUUGAAAAAGUGUCCACAAGAACCACUCAGGGAAAAUGCCAAAUUUGUCGGAAGAGAAUGCCAAGGAGUCAUUUGACUUUGAUCAAGUCGGAAGACUAUAAAACUGUUCUGUCUGGAAUGUUCAAAAUCGAAGGUUCUUUGGAAAUCAAACUACCCUAUGUCUGUGUUUUGCAUAUUCGAACGAUUAUUGAUGAGUAUGACGGCACAUUCGAGAAGAAGGACAGAAAAUCACGAAGACAAAAUUGCCGAGUUUGUGAGUUGCCUAAAAAGCGUCCUGAAUUAUACGAAAUUGCUUCAAAGAAUAUUCGAAUGGUGAUAAUGGUCGGAUGCAUUUUACGUGGCACUCAUACUGUUGAAACAGCAUUACCGUAUUUAGAGAAUAAUAGAGGAUUCACAUGUUUUUCACAUUGUAAAGACUCGAUUGACGCGAUUUUCGAAUAUUUGGGAAUCAGAAAUCUUGAGGGAUUUUCAAAGUGCUCCACACAAAAAAUGGACGGUUUGAUGGAGCUUGUAAAGAAAAUCGUUUCGAAUUUUACAGUAGAUCAAUUCUUGCAUACAUUCCACUUGCUUUUUGUGAAGAAAACGAAGUUUCCGAUGAACGAAGCUAUUGUCAAAGAGGAAGUCAUCGAAGAAACAUGUAAUUUUACGUUUAUAAAUGGAGAAUACGUCGAAGCGAAACAAGAAGAAAUUGAGCAGAAACCUGAAUAUCUUCUGGAACAAAAAAUCAAAACGGAGAUAAAAGACGAUUUUUUUGAAGCAAAUGAGCCGGAUGAAUAUUUCGAAGACGUCAAACUAGAGCCGGAAGAAAUUGAUUCUACAAUUGACAAAGUGUCCACAAAAACCACUAUGGGAAAAUGCGAAAUUUGUCAGAAAAUAAUGCCCAGGAGUCUUUUGAGUUUGAUAAAAUCGGAAGACUAUAAAACUGUUCUGUCUGAAAAUUUUAAAAUCGAAGGAUCUUUGGAAAUCAAACUACCCUAUGUCUGUGUUUCUCAUAUUCAAAUAAUUAUCGAUUAUUACAACGGCAAAUUGAAGUCACCGAGUACACAAUCUGAGCAACUUUUGCGUACAUUCAUCUCAAAACACAAAACAUUGAUGCAAGUCAACAGUAAAAGUUUUGACAAGAAGGGCCGAAAAUCACGAAAACAAACUUGCCGAGUUUGUCACAUGCCAAAAACCCGCAAAACUGAGUUAUAUGAAAUUGCUUCAAAGAAUAUUCGAACAGUGAUAAUGACUGGAUGCAUUCUACGUGGCACUCAUUCCGUUGAAUCAGCAAUGCCUUAUAUAGAGAAUAAUAGAGGAUUCACUUGUUUUUCACAUUGUAAAGAGUCGAUUGACAUGAUUUUCGAAUAUUUGGGAGUCAGAAAUAUUCGGGAAUUUUUAAAGUGUCCCCUACUCGCGAUGGAUAAGUUGAUGGAUAUUGUGAAGGAGAUUGUUUCAAAUUUUACAUUAGAUCAAUUUUUGUAUGCAUUUAACUUGCUUAUCACGAAGAACAAGAAGUUUCUGAGUAAUUUGUAA